AUGCCGGCCUUACCCCUUAGGCGCGUCACAGCACGUCCAUCCCAUAGGUUUUAUUGCCUCGCUCCGUCGCAAGCCGCGAGCGAUGUAAAAGUUGGCUUCAUCGGCCUAGGUGUCAUGGGGUUGCCAAUGGCUGCCAAUCUCGGAAAAACAUUUAAACAUAUGGUCGUCUGGAACCGAACUGACAAGAGCGAUGUGUUGCAAAAGGCUCUUGCGGAAACAGAUGCGAGCUUCACCUCCGUGUCCGAACCGGCAGACGUGGUCCGUCAGUGUGAUAUCGUUUUUUCCAUGCUGUCUACGCCGGAGGCCGUCCGCUCUGUUUUUCAUGAGGGUUCCGGGUCCGCGCUGAAUGGAGUUACAGACGGCAAAAGUAUUGUAGAUUGCUCGACAUUACGGAUUGAAGAUAUGGAAUAUACAGCCGCAAAGGUUCAAGAGAAGGGUGGCAGGUUUUUGGAAGCGCCCGUGAGUGGAUCAAAGGGACCGGCGGAACAGGGUAGUCUGAUCUUUCUCUGUGCUGGUGAGAAGGCCCUGUAUGAUCAUCCUGUAGCCCAGGAGGCUCUGGACCUUAUGGGAAAGAGAAGCUUUUUUUUGGGGGAUGUUGGGAACGGAACGAAAAUGAAGCUGGUCGUUAAUCAACUCAUGGGGGCCAUGUUAGCCGCUUUCGGGGAAAGUAUUGUCUUGAGCGAAGCACUUGACCUUUCCGUUGAUGAUUUGCUUGAAAUUAUAUCAUUAGGCGCCAUGAGUGCCCCUAUGUUUGCGCUGAAAGGACCGAAAAUGAAGCAUGGAGUCAAGGGUUACGAUACCAACUUUCCACUUGAACAUGCCCAAAAGGAUAUCCGCUUUGCCCAGAUGCUUGGAGACGAAAAGGGAGUCAAUAUGGGUGUAUCAAGUGCAGCGAAUGGUAAGUCCGCAAUCUCCCAGAGUGCCUGGCAACAGCAUGGCUCAUUGCAACAAUUCUGACUGUUGCGUGGCUUUUUCUCCUUUUCUCACUCGAUUCGGUUUUAGAAUGGUACAAAUCGGCGAAAGGUCUUGGCUUAGGUAGAGAUGAUUUCGCUGCUGUGAUCGAAAGUAUCCGGGCAUCGGCUGGGCGGUCCUGAUACC